AACCCAGCAGGCCACGCCGCCAGAAAAAGACAGCACCCUACCGUCCCAAAAAAGCAAGAGGGAAACAUCUUGCAUGAGACCACAAUAGCACGCAGCACUCCACUCGACGAUGUCGGUACCGUCGAGCCCCGCCAGCGGCGCACAGCCGCUACAACCAGUUUCGCACAACGCGCAGCGCGAGUCAGCAUUGUUCACCUCGGUCCAGCACCACCGCGACCGCCUUGGCGAGACCGUGUCGACCCGCGACAGCUCCGUCCACGAGAAAAUCAAUCAAUUCAACUCCCUCGCCAUGCAAUCCAAAGCCCUUGAGCGCAAGACCGCCGACGCCGCCCUCAAACGCGCCAUGAUCGGGCGGGAGGAGGCAGAGGCGGAAGUGCGUCGCUGUCGCGAGGAGGUGAAGACGUUGAAAAAGCAGCUGGAGGAGAGCAAGGACAGGGAGAGGAGAGUUAGCGAGAGAUUGGAGGCUGUGAUGGAAAAUCAUGCACGGAACAAGGAAACACAGGCGCAUACCCAGCAGGUGUGGGAGAAAGAGAUUCGCCGCGCCCGGAAAGAGACCUUCAAGGUGCAGAGCUCGCUCGUCAAGGCCCAAGAAGAACUCAAGUCCUGCCGGACCGCCCGGAGAGCCGCCGAGGAGGAACUCCAAGCUGAGCGAGAACGGAGCAAGGCGCGGGAGAAGGAGGCUUUCGACGCGCAAAACAGGCUGGCGGGGCUACAGGAACAGCUGGAUCAAGCUCUGGGGAAAAUCAAGAUGCUGGAGCAGGAGCUGGACGCCGUCAAGACCCUGGCCAAGAACGAAGCCGAGGCUAAGCGACUCGCCCCUGACGAUGACGAUGGGAGUAACUCAGAAGGCCCGCGAAAACGCGCCAGGCGGUCUUCGGUUUCGGCCCUUUAUAACGGGGACCCGGAUAUUGAGAGAAUUACGAUGCUGUGGGAGUGGGAGAAGCAGCGUGCGGACCGGGCGCUGGAGCAGGUCGAAUUCCUCGAGGCGGAGUGCCAGCUCAAGCUAUGUGCUGCAGGACAGGAGCUGCGGAGCAGGUCGCGCCAACGGUCGAGCCCUCGCAAGCGAGCCAGCAUGUUUUCAGACGCCGGAGACCCGAUGAUACUUAGCGAGAGUCGCCGGGCCUCUGUCGAAGCCUCAAAGUCGUUGCCCAGACGGUCAAAGACGGACUUGCUGAAGGGCAGCAAGGAACCGCGACGUAGCACCAUCUUUCUCCCAGCGGAGGGCAUCUUCCGGACCGUGUCGCAGGCCGAGGCCGAUGCCAUAGCGGCCAAGUCGGCAGGUUCGACCGGUUUGUCGCCCACCGACCCGGCAACGAGCUUGCCCAUCACACCGACCGACAGCGACCCUAACUACCGCCGCACACCGUCGGUCGACCCGCCAGACUUUGCCGUUCUCAACAAGGAGCGCAUCUCCCUCUUAUCCCUGCUCGAGGCCCCACACAGACAAGAAUCCCCCCCAGCCUUCAACAUCCCCACGACGCCCGGCCCAGUGCCGGAGGCGCGGCACGAGGAGCCCGCGGAGGAGGAAACCGGAGCAGCAGCGAGUAGCAAGCCGACCGAAAUAACCCUUCCCCCACGAGAAUCCGCCGACUCCCUCGAUGCUCCCCUCUCCGAACCGCUGCCUAGCCGCGACGUCGGAGACGAGUCAACGGCGGCCCCGCACGUCCGGCCGCACACGACAACAUCCUACUACCCCACCACCACAACGACGACGACGACGACGACGACGGUGACGACCACCAAGGUGCCCCUCCGCCCGGAGCCCACUGCAGAGGACGGGCCGACGCUGGCACAGCGCCUGCUCAAGGGGCUGCGCACCCCGGCCCGCCAGACCGGCCGGGCCGCGGGCGAGGACGGAUUCGACCCGGACCGGCCGAGCUUCGACGUCACCAACCCGGCGUUGACGCCCACCAUGACGCGGGAGCAGGCGCUGGCGCAGAUAAGGGAGCGGCGGGGCCGGGCGAGGAGCGUCGGGCGCGUGGGCAGCGGAGGCGGCAAUGCCACGGGGGGCAGCGGUGGAGCGACGGCUUCUUCGACGGCUUCUUCGACGACGGCUUCUUCUUCUUCUUCUGGGGCCACCACCGGCACGGGCGCGGGUCGGGCGGACGCGAGGAGGAAGGUGUCGGGCGGUGCUACCCCCGCCGGCGAGGUCAGGAGGAAGGUGAGCGGACACGACCUGGCCGGCGCGGCGGCCAGGCGGCCGGGGAGCAGCUUCGAGAGGGGCCGGGAGCGGGAGCGGGAGCGGGAGCGGGAGCGGGAGCGGGAGCCUAUGAGGAGGGAAGGCAGCGGGUCUAGCGCUGCGACUGGCGGCGGCGGCGGCGGCGGUGGUGGUGGUGGCGCUGUUCGAGGCGCCGGGGCGGGGUUGCGGCGUCUGAGGUCGUGAGGGAGGAAGUUGUUUGGGCGUGGGGCAGCCCCU